AUGAACGCUGCUAAUGAUGUCGUAUUCGAGUUGUGCGACGAAGCGGUAACAAAAUAUGGGGUUUCGAGGCGUUUCCCUCCAGUACCUACUGAUGAUGGCCACACGCUCCCCUGGGUCUUGAAUAGGGUUGCGCACUACUUCUCGGAAUUGAACCGCCGAAACGUCAAUUCCCAACUGGCUGAGAAGGUCACAGUAGAAUUCUAUAAAUUACAGGAACUCGAUGAUGACACCGACGAGUUGGAAAAGGUUGAACCAAACCUUUGCAAGGGCAACAUUAUCGAUUUUGUGGUUGAAGAUGGUUCUCCAUAUGGAAUCAAGCUAAGAAAUAAGAGCGAUCAUGACCUCUAUCCAUAUGUGUUCCAGUUCGGAAGUGAUCUGUCUAUCUUCGAAGAUGAAUAUUUCCAAAGUUCAAAACCAGGGAUCACGUAUAAGGUUGAACCGACCUUGAAAAAGCACGACGAGAUCACCCUUGGAUUUGGCCCCAACAACUAUGCAGAGCCAUGUUCAUGUGUGCUCGAGGACAGUCAGAACACCGACGUCACUUUUCUGAAAAUAUUCUUGUCAACCACAGCUCUAGAUCUUAAUCACAUCAAGCAAGAAACUCCCUUCGAAACUACCCGUGCCCUGAAGACAUGCACAAAGCCACGUAAGGAUAAAUGGGAUGCCCUUACGAUACCAAUAAUCCAACGCAGGGCAGGUACUUCUUCUACCUAUAGCUGA